AUGGGCUACGCUGGGACAGGCGGCGACUCGUCGUCAGAAAACAACUACACCAUCACCAUCCUCAUCGCCAUGUGCAUGGGGAUAUCGCUCUACAAUGUCCUCGAGCUCAACAUCCUCAUCGCUACCACCUUUAGGAAACGCCACAGCCUCUACUUUUGGAGCUUUCUCGCCGCCACCAAUGGCAUCGCACCCCACACCGUCGGGUUCCUGCUCAAGAACCUCGCCUCGUCGACAAACUACAUUCUCUACAUCACCCUCGUAGCCAUCGGGUGGGUCGCGAUGGUGACGGGCCAGUCCCUCGUUCUCUACUCGCGACUCCACCUCAUCUUCUGGCACAAGUUCUACCUGCGCCUCGUCCUCGCCAUGAUCAUCAUCAACGCUGUCAUCCUGCACGUCCCCAUCAUCGUCUUCAUGUACGGCUCCAACAGCUCCGACUCGAACCCUUGGGUGCGUCCAUACAUGAUCUACGAGAAAGUCCAGGUCACCGUCUUCUUCCUCCAGGAGCUCAUCAUCUCGGCCAUAUACAUCAAGAGCUGUUCAUCCUUCUUCGGCACCGACAGCAUAUGGCACCGCAGCGGCGUGCAGAAGAUGCGCAAGCACCUGCUACUCGUCAACGUCAUGAUCAUCCUCCUCGACAUCCCCAUCCUGGCCCUCGAAUACACCGACUACUACGACUUCCAGACGGCGUACAAGCCCCUCGUCUACAGCAUCAAGCUCAAGCUGGAGUUCAAUAUUUUGAACGACCUUGUCAACCUGACCAUUGGCAACGACCGCUCUCGCUCACAUAGCCAAGGAGCAGCCAGUCGCGCUGCAGCAUCUGGUAUCAACAUGAGCGCCUUUCGCGGAGAUGAGGCCGAGUAUCGGGCCACGGUUCAUGGUGGGAGGAGUAGAGUUACUGAGCAGGACAAGUCGGACACGCGGCCCAGCGUCGAGAAUGCCAUUAUGCGAAGUACGGAGAUCUCCGUCCAUUGCGUCGAGAGGAGAGAUGAUGAUCACGAUAGCAUAGAGAGCAGCUCGGUACCAGCUACCGAGGCCAACUAUGCAACGAUGAAACGAACAGGAGGCAUAUCGACUACAUCUUCAGAAGUCAACCUCGCUACAAGAGGGGCCUAG